AUGGCUUUGCUUGUGGAUCAACAACCAAACUUCAAGCACUUUUGUAAAAUUUGCAAGAAGGGAUUUUUAUGUGGAAGAGCACUUGGAGGGCACAUGAGAGCACAUGGUAUAGGUGAUGAGAAUGGCAACAUGGAAGAUGAAGAUCCUGCUAGUGAUUGGGAAGAUAAAUUGGAAGCCAAUGUGCCCCCAGGAACCAGGCGUAUGUAUGCAUUAAGAACGAAUCCAAAUCGAUUAAAGAGUUGUCGGGUUUGUGAAAAUUGUGGGAAAGAAUUUUUUUCAUGGAAGUCUUUUCUUGAGCAUGGAAAAUGCACGUCCGAGGAUGCUGAUCAAUUGCUUGUUUCGUCUCCAGGAUCAGACGAGGAGGAUGACACGCCGAGAAGGGGUUGCGGUUGGUCUAAAAGAAAACGAUCAUUGAGAGCUAAAGUUGGUAAUUUUAACUUAAGUUGCCCGUCGAGUGAAGAGGAAGACCUUGCUAAUUGCCUCAUGAUGCUAUCUAAUGCAACAGUUGAUCCUUUAGAAGCCGAGCCUGAGGAGUCUUGUGCUUCGGCUAGUAAAGAAGAAGAGCGUCGAAAUCCGAUGAAUUUUAUGGCGCAUAUGGAAUAUAAGCCACCAUUGAACAAGGCCAAGGGGAUUGCUAAAGGAAUGUUUGAAUGCAAAGCAUGCAAGAAAGUUUUCAAUUCACAUCAAGCAUUAGGUGGACAUAGAGCUAGUCACAAGAAGGUUAAAGGAUGUUAUGCUGCCAGGCUUGAUCGAGGCAUGGAAGAUAGCCUAGCUGAUCAUGAUGAAGAUGUUAUCACACAUGAAGAAUUGUUUCCAACAAAAUCGACAUCGACUUUUCAAUUCGAUCAUGGUUCAACUCCUCCAUUGGCUUCCACUUCGAAAAGAAAAUCGAAAGUGCACGAAUGCUCCAUAUGUCAUCGCGUAUUUUCAUCAGGACAAGCAUUAGGUGGCCAUAAAAGGUGUCAUUGGCUCACUUCAAAUUCUCCAGACACUUCAUCUUUGCCUAAGUUCCAUCAAUUUCAGGAUCACUUAGACCAAAUUCAACAACGACCGAAGUUUAUCAACAAUCCAGAGCCACUAGAUCUCACACUUGAUCUCAAUCUUCCGGCUCAUCAACCUGUUGCCAACCCUUCAAACAUUGAAGUUUCUACUGAGAUUUACUUACAACCUUGGACCAGAGUUGAUGCAAACGUAAAGGAUGACAACAAUCAUCAGCACCAAAACGAAGAUGAUCAUCAUGACAACAAAGACAACAACAAUAAUGAUAAUAAUUAUUAUAUUUCAGUUCAGAAUAAUAUUGUGGAUGAUGAAGCAGAUAGUAAGGUGAAGUUAGCAAAACUUAGUGAAUUAAAAGACAUGAGCACUAGUGGAACUUCAUCUCCUUGGUUGCAGGUGGGGAUUGGUUCAACUACUGAUGUGGGAGCUGACCAAUUUUAA